GAAGCAGACGUGUUUCCAGUGUGAGCGGACCACCCUGCUGCAGCUCCGUCGCAUUAUUUACUGCUGCAGACGUGUUGGUGGACAUACAAACACACAUGUAGCCCCCCUCCACCUCCAUAAGUGGAAGCACCUCCUCCUCCUCUCUGCCCUCGCUGAGCUUCCAGUUCCUCCUGAACUCAACAACACAGCAAACAGAGUUCUGGACGGAACACAGACAUCCUGGUUCCCGCCUCCGUCUCUUCCCGUUUUAUCCGUCCGCCUCCUGAUCCGCUGCAUUCAGACAUCUGUUGGGCUGGUUUCAGCGUCCGGCCCACCGCCUUCCUCCUCAUCCUCCUGUUCCUGACACAAAACCCUCGGCUGUAGUCUCCCACCUCCAGGAUGUGGUCCAACUUCUUCGUGCAGCAGGAUGAGGAGGGUCGGAUCGGGGUGGCCGGCACCGGUCAAGGCGGAGGUCUGGGCGGGAUGAAGGGCGGCAGAGGUCAGCGGAGGGUCCACAGGAUGAGCGACAGCCAGGAGGGGAAGAUCAAGCUGGCCUUCUUGGUGGCCAUCAUCGGCGUGACGCUGAUGGUGCUGGGGAUGGGCACCGAGUUCUGGGUGGAGCUGGCCCAGCCCAAGAACCUGGGUGGGAACCAGACCUGCCAGAUGGCCCACUACGGCCUGUGGAAGGGCUGCGUCCGGACACUGUGGGUGGCCGACAUCGACCCGGAGAGGGAGAGCUGUGGUCCAGUAGAACUUCCUGGAGAAUCUAACUGCACCUACUUCAAGUUCUUCACCUCUGGAGAAAACGCCGUCAUCUUCAAGAGGACGACCGACAAGAAUCUGAACCUGGCUGCAGCCGUCCUGGCCCUCCUCAGUCUGACCAUGAUGGUGAUGGGUUCGCUCUGCAUCGCCAUGGCGCUCAGCAAAGGAGUCGCCUUCUUCCUCAAACCAGCCUCCUUCUGCUUCAUCCUCUCAGGUGUGCUGGUUCUGCUCUCGGUGCUGGUCUUCCACCAGUCGGUUGUGUCUCUGCUGUCCAGCGACGACUCGGUUCCUCUGCACCACCAGCUGUCCUGGUCGGUGUCCUGCGUCGGCUCGGCCGGAGCCAUCCUCAUCUUCGGGGGUCUCCUCUUCAUCAUCCUCGCGCUGCCCUUCAGCCCCUGGAAAAAAUGUCUGCCACACAAGAACAGCGCCACCUAGCUAACAAAAACAUGCAAACACUGUUGUGGAUGUCAUGUUUUAGAGCAACUACUGUGAGCUUGUAAUUCUCCAGAGAAGGUCUUAAUCACACUAAAGAGGAGGAGUCAGCACAAACACAACACACGGAGGUUAGCACCAGCUAGUUUUUGUAAUUUUUAGUAGAGUAGAAGAAGAAGCUGCAGCUGAUGUGUUUACGUGUAAAAGUGUCGCUGUAGGAGGCUGAACAGGAUGUAGUGUUUCUGCUCCACAAGUAGGGGGAAUCGUUUUUUAUUGCUCAGACACUUUUCUAUUUUUGUAGUCCGUUUUGUAUGGAAGCCCAAGACUGCCAAGAAAAAAAAACAUGUAAAAACGCAAAUGAAAAAUGUGUUGUUUUCCCAGAAGUGUCCCCAGAUGACACAAAUGACAAAAACAAGAGACAAAGUGACAAAAACAAGAGACAAAAUGACAAAAACAAGACACAAUAUGACAAAAACAAGACACAAAAUGACAAAAUUUGGCAAAAAACGACAAAAAUGAGACACAGAAUGACAAAAACGACACAAAAUGACAAAAUUUGACAAAAACAACGAAAAUGAGACACAGAAUGACAGAAACAAGACAGAAAAUGACAAAAAUGAGGCAUAAACUGACAAAAACGAGACACAAAAUGACAAAAAUGAGACACAAAACAAUAAAAACGAGACAUGCAACAAAAACAAGACACAAAACGACAAACGAGACACAAAAUGACAAAAUGAGACAAAACGACAAAAACAAGAGACAAAAUGACAAAAACAAGACAGAAAACGACAAAGAUGAGACACAAAUGACAAAAACAAGACACAAAACAACAAAAUGAGACAAAACAACAAAAACAAAAGACAAAAUGACAAAAGCGAGACAGAAGGCGACAAAAAUGAGACACAAAACGAGACACAAAAUGACAAAAAUAGACACAAAUUGACAAAAACAAGACACAAAACGACAAAAAUGAGAUUGAAAAUGACAAAAACAAGACACAAAACGACAAAAACAAGGGACAAAACGACAAAAACGAGACAAUAUGACAAAAACAAGACGGAAAAUGACGAGAGAAAACAACAAUCUUCUGAUGAUGCUGUCUGUCGGUAAAGUUUCUUCUGUAGUGUUUUAAAUGUUCUUUGGAUGCAGCAUUGUGUGUCAGACAGAUGUGAGAAGAGAUUAAAACAACAUUUUGUAUAUUG